CAAAAUUGUGGCUGAGCUUAAGAUAUUAUCCAAUCCUCUCUCUCUCUCCCAAUCUCCCUCCCCGUCCCGCCAAGCUUUAACAACCUUAGAAUCCCGUUAACUGCCACUUCUGAAAACUCGCAAUUUUAAUGGAGUCGGUCCUCCUCCAAUGCCUCACCCAUCCACUCAGACCUCCCCUCUUUCCCCACUCUCUCACUUCUACUGCCAUCACAGGGAAAAGACCCUUGAAGCAGAAUGCAUCAUUUAAGCCUUCUCAGUGCGCAUUAUCAUCUGCGUCGGAAGCUACUGAGGGAAAACUGUCAUUAGAGCAAGAAGGAAGGAGGGUGUUCAUGGGCUAUCUUCUUGCAUCCGCCACUGGCUUUCUUGUCUCUGAUGUAGCUGGAGCUGUUAGCACAAGCAGAAGAGCCCUUAAAGGAGCAAAAGUACCAGAGAGUGAAUUUACAACCCUGCCUAAUGGUUUAAAAUAUUAUGAUUUAAAGAUUGGCGGUGGAGCUGAGGCUGUGAAGGGAUCUCGGGUUGCAGUCCACUAUGUUGCUAAAUGGAAGGGUGUGACAUUUAUGACCAGCAGACAAGGGCUUGGUGUUGGUGGUGGAACACCUUAUGGAUUUGAUGUUGGUCAAUCGGAGAGAGGAAUCGUGCUUAAAGGAUUAGACUUGGGUGUUCAAGGCAUGCGAGUAGGAGGCCAGCGGUUGCUGAUAGUUCCUCCUGAGCUAGCUUAUGGAAGCAAAGGCAUACAGGAAAUUCCUCCAAAUGCAACCAUUGAGUUGGAUGUUGAACUACUGUCUAUCAAACAAAGCCCAUUUGGAUCUCCUGUUAAAGUCAUUGAAGGAUAAUUAGAUUCCUGAUGCCUGUGAUGCAAUUUCAUCAAAAAUAGGAAUCUGCAACAUCAUUGAUGAAACUGAUAAGAUACUGUAUUUUCUUCUUAUCAUUGUCCCCAAGCUGCCUCUUUUUUCUAUCCGCUGGAAAAGUCCUUCCCAGUUACAUUUUUAUUAAACUCUCCAUUUAUUGUAACUAUUACAUGUUGUUUAGCUCCUUCAAAAUCUUCUUUGUCAUGAGAUCAUAUUUCUGAAAUCUGUGGGAACAGCACUCUGUGUUAUCUAUUGCUGCUGUAGUUUGAAUUAGAAGUGAAA